GGCUUUUAUUUUGAAGAGUCGAGUACUUCCGGGGCGCAGCUGUCGGGGUUUACUUUUUCCACGCAGCUGCGCUUCUUUUCUCCAGAAGCUUCAAACCUUCCUCCAAGUUCUCCGCGGCCUCACGGGAAGUCAGCUGCUCAUCACCACCUCACCAUGUCCUCUGGAAAAGCUCAGAUCGGCCAGGCUGCUCCAGACUUUAAAGCCACCGCUGUAGUCGAUGGACAGUUUAAGGACUUACAGCUAUCAGACUACAAAGGGAAGUAUGUGGUUUUCUUCUUCUACCCUUUGGACUUCACCUUUGUUUGCCCCACCGAGAUUAUCGCCUUCAGCGACCGGGCCGAGGAGUUCCGCAAGAUCGGAUGCGAGGUCAUCGGCUGUUCCGUAGAUUCUCACUUCAGCCACCUGGCGUGGAUCAACACCCCAAGGAAGCAGGGGGGUCUGGGCAGCAUGAAGAUCCCGCUGGUGGCAGACCUCACCAAGUCCAUCUCCAGAGACUACGGCGUGCUGAAGGAGGAUGAUGGAAUUGCAUACAGAGGUCUGUUUGUGAUUGAUGACAAAGGCGUCUUGAGACAAAUCACCAUUAACGACUUGCCUGUGGGUCGCUCCGUGGAUGAAACUCUUCGUCUGAUCCAAGCCUUCCAGCACACUGAUAAAUAUGGAGAGGUUUGCCCUGCUGGCUGGAAACCCGGGAGCGACACCAUCGUCCCAGACGUGGAGAAGAGCAAAGCCUUCUUCUCCAAGCAGUGAGGGUCUGCCGUCGUCGGAUCCCACCUCAGAGCACUUCUUCAUGUCCCUUUAAAGCAGUUUUUCAUGGCGUUGUGUCUAAUCUGUUGAAGCAAACUUGCCUUUUGUUUAGAAAGCUCCUGUUUUGAGUCCAGCCUCCAGAGAUCAGCUUCAUCUUUUAGUCCAAAGCACUGACUCUUUGUUCCCUCAAAGUUUGUUCCUUUGCUACAAUUACUGACUUACUACAACUUGAAUAAAACAGUGGGGAGACUUC